UUGUCAGGUCUACUGGUGGCAACGCUGAAUUUCUAGUUGAUUUUCUUUCCGGAAAGUAAUCAAUUCCUCUUAUAUAUUUGAGAAGCAAUUCAAAGAUCAAAUUUUUGUUGGGAGCAGUAAUUUUUCGUUGGUAAUGUCAUCAGAGAUAAGAUCGAAAGUAAUUGGUCUAUAUAAGCAUUUGCAAUAUUUGGGGAGGGAAUACCCUGGCCCAAAUGGACCGCAGAAGUUCCGACAACAAAUACGUGAUGCAUUUCUAAAGCACAAAGAUGAGACCGAUCCAAAAAAGAUUAUGGCUUUGGUUGCACAUGGACGUUAUGUUGCAAAAGAAGUAGAAGCGCUCUAUUCUCUUAAAAAAUAUAGAGCAAUGAAGCAACGCUAUUAUGACUAAUUGAAUAUCUGUGUUUGAAUGGACGAUGAAAUUGAUACGAUAACUAAGUCUGAAAAUGUUUUAUUUUUUUUGUUAAUAUAACCCUUUGUGGUUUUAAAAUAAUUAAGAUGUUGAACAUCACAAAAUAAAAUGGAAUAUCUGCCAAA